AUGACUGACGACAGAACAAUGUUUGGCACCAUUUGCGGUGGUCCCAUCUCCGGUUUUGAAAGGAUCAAGACUAGAAACUGGUUCUGUGACUGCGUUCUACUUACUGGCAAGCGUAAUCAUAACGGCAUUCUAUCUGACAUCCGAUACGUCGAUGCUGAGAACCUAGGAGGUACAAACUUUUUCAUACACUCAACCAGCGAGGCCGUUGUUGCUUGCAACCCAAAUGUAUGGAGCCCGUUCGUCAAAGACAAGCCGCCCUUGUAUUUUCCAUCCCACGUGAAGUGUAUGGUGAUCGCAGAGGAGGUCAUUGCUUCCCACGAUAGCAGUGAGAGAGGGCAGAGAAGCUUGAUGCGCCAUUUGUGGCAGGUGCUUGAGGCUCGAUGGAAGCAACUUGAUCCCUUGGGCCGGGCUCCUCACAAGCUCCACGUGUCAAGUGGUUACUACGGCGCGUAUAAGUUUCAAGAAAUGGAUUGGACACCUGAGAAUGGCAAGGAGGGAGAGGCGAAGCUAUUCGAAUCUAACCCUGUCGAGAUUCCGAGUCUGAAUCGUGCAGUACUUUCGCACCUAAACCCGCUUCUGUCGGCAAACCCCUCAUCAAAUGAUGAUCCGGACGAGCCCACGAUUAAGGGCCUAUCACAGGCAAUAUCAUCAUUGCCCCCCGAGAUCAUUGCCAACAUUACUGACCAGGUCACUCCCCUCAAUAAUCCGUCACUGACGCCAAAUUACAUUCUUGAGCCCAGCUACUGGCAUGCUAGCCUUUUCAGCGGCACGCUUCUUCCCUAUCUCUGGGACAUUUCCGAAACCGAAAUCUCAGAGGAAGACGGGACCGCUGUGGGAUUUGACAAAACAGCAGACGGAUGGGAUUGGGAGCUUCUAGCUGAACAGCUUGCUCAAACAUCCAUCCACGAACGAGGCAAAGUAUUUCACAUACCACUAGGUCUUCGAAAUCGCAGAAGGAUAUGGAGACUCGUGGAGGACAUCCUGGGAACCGAGUUGUAA